AUGAGUGAAUGGGUUGCGACCAAGCUGAAGGCUGUUGGUGUUGAGGUAACACUCAAAGAUCUGGGCAAGCAGGAGGGUACAGACCUCAACCUUCCUCCUCUGGUAUUGGGACGCUAUGGCAGCGACCCCGAAAAGCCAACGGUGCUCGUUUACAGCCAUUACGAUGUUCAGCCUGCAUCUAUCGAGGACGGAUGGAAGCACGAGCCCUUCGUGAUGACGGUUGAAGAAGACGGCAAGAUCUGCGGCAGAGGAACCUCGGACGAUAAGGGCCCUCUCAUUGGCUGGAUCAACAUGAUAGAAGCUUUCCAAAAGGUAGAUGUAGACGUACCGGCUAACUUGGUCUUCUGCUUUGAAGGCAUGGAAGAGACCGCAUCGUUUGGCCUUCGGCAGGGCCUGGAGGAUGAGGCAGACAAGUACUUCAAGGAUGUCGACGUGGUCUGCAUCACGGAUGUUGUUUGGGUGAGCGACGAGCAGAUUAGCGUCCCUCAAGGACUCAGAGGCAUCAUCUUCUACCUUGUCACCAUCACAGGUGCCAAAGUGGAUGCCCAUAGUGGUGGGUUCGGUGGUCAGAUUUCGGAGCCGAUGACAGACAUGGUCAACAUCAUGUCUUCUUUGGUGGAUGCGAAUGGCAAUAUUCUGGUCCCUGGGAUCUACGACAAUGUCCAAGCUGUCACGAAAGAAGAGUACGAGAGCUACCAAAAGCUGAACAUUUCGGAAGACUCUUUGUACGGUGGCACAGGGGGUAGAAGCCUCCACGACAAUCAGGCUGACGCUCUGGUCGCUCGCUGGAAGAAGCCAUCUCUCAGUUUGCACAGGAUAGAGAAUGCCCUGCCUGGAGCCGGAGCUGUCACAUCUAUACCUGCUAAGCUCGUCGGAAAGUUCAGUAUCCGUACUGUGCCCUUUAUGAAGUGGGAGGACAUUGACCAGCUGGUGCGAAAACACGUCAAGGACCGUUUCGAGAGUCUAGGAAGUAAAAACGAACUCGAAAUUGAGUGUCAUCCGAAUGAUUGGUUCUACGAGGAGGCGAGCCACUGGAAUUACCAAGCUGCGAUUCAGGCAACACGAAACGUGUGGGGCGUUGACCCUGCUUUGACCUGUGAAGGUGGAAGCAUACCCAUCGCCUUGGACUUCAAGAAGACCUUGAAAAAGAAUGUGCUCCUUAUGCCUGUUGGUCGGCCUACCGAUGGACAACAUUCCACUAACGAGAAGCUGGAUAAGAGCAACUACAUCAACGCCAUCAAGCUCUACGGAGCUUAUCUCAAAGAGGUCACAAACUUCUGGCAUGUCAACACUAGCUCCAAUUUUCAAGACUUUUCGACCCAGCAUACGGCCCUUGACUUGACGAUUGACUUUGACCUCGCUGGCAAGGUCGACUUCGAAACUACCGAGAACACCACGGGCCUUCAGUGGUUCAGCCCCUCGCAGACAGAUGAUAAAGAAUACCCCUUCAUGUCGAGUGGUGUUCCUGAGUCUGAGUUGAUCUUCCCACCAAUCACGGACACGACCGAACGGAAGACCUACAGAUUCAAGAUGGAGAUUCCAAUCUCAAACUACCUCUUCGCCGUAGCAAGCGGGAAUUUGGCGGGAGAGAAGAUUGGACCGAAAAGCUAUGUUUACUGCGCCCCUGGUGACUUGGAAGCCUGCAAACAGGAGUUUCAGCCGGACUUACAGGCAAUAAUCAAAUCUGCAGAGAAUAUCAUCUUCGAGUAUCCGUGGCCACUUUACAAUCUGGUCGUGUUACCAAAAUCGUUCCAUCUAGGCGGUAUGGAAAACCCAAUCUUCAACUUUUACAGCGCCACUGUCGUCUCGGGAGACCGAGAGAAUAUCUCUGUGGUCGCGCACGAGUUCGCGCACAGCUACAGUGGUAAUCUUGUUACUAAUGCGUCCUGGGAGCACUUUUGGCUGAAUGAAGGCUGGACUGUCUGGACUGAGAGGAACAUUGUGCGCGAACUCAGAGGGAACGACGAGGUCGAGCUCCAAGCUAUCGUUGGCUGGCAGGACCUUAUCCAAUCUAUUGAAAUUUAUGGCGGCGAAGACAGCGUCUUCACUAGCUUGGUACUUGAGUUUGAAGGCAAGAGGCCGGACGAUAUUAUGUCCAAGAUCUCGUACGAGAAAGGCUACACCUUCCUAUGCUACCUUGAAGAGACCGUCGGACGAGAGAAGUGGCUCAAGUUUGUGCCAUAUUAUUUCAGAACGUUUUAUGGUGCCGCGGUUGACUCAUCCCGAUUCAAGGAUUGUGUUCUCAAGUUCUUCUCACCCGACGCCGCCGCUACUUCCUCACUUGGCUGCGUUGACUGGAAUUCUUGGUUUCACAAACCAGGCGCGCCCCCAAAGCCAGGGUUUUGCUCUGAGCUUUACAAGAAGGCCAUCGAAUUGGCAGAUCAAUGGGGCAGUCUCUCGGUCCAAUCUGCGUUCAGGCCGUCUGGUAGCGAUGUCGAGGGUUGGACAGCGGGACAAGUUUUAGUCUUUCUUGAUCUACUCAUUGAAAGUCCGCAGCCAAUCCCACUCGAGUAUUGUAAGCUUCUUGACGAGUUGUAUGACGUGGGAAAGUCUAGCAAUCUUGAAAUCGUCACUCGAUACCUUCGUGUUGCGCUCAGAGCCGGCGAUCGCAGUGUUUUGAAGCAGACUGAGGAUAUCCUGGGACAGACAGGCAGAAUGAAGUUUGUGAGGCCGCUGUAA